CCUCGCGCCCUUGCCGGGUCCUUACUCGCGCGGCUCGGAGUGAACCGGUUCUCGCCAUGGCAUUCGCAAGCUGGUGGUACAAGACGCAUGUCAGUGGAAAAACCGGUGGAUCACCUUCUAAACCAGAAGAAAAGAAAGGAGCAGAUGAGAAAAAAGCAGCAAGCGUCCGGAGCAGUCAGCCCUCCAGAACACACACUAGUGGAACAGCCCCUACCAGCAAGGUGUCAGCAUCCUCUGCUGCAACCAGCAAAUCUUCCAGUAUGAAUCCCACAGAAACCAAGAUAGAAGGACCACUUCCUCCUAUCAAGAAAAGACACAAAAAGCAGGCUGUAAAAACAGAACCUGAAAAGAAGUCACAAUCAACUAAGCCAUCUGUGGUUCAUGAGAAGAAAACUCAAGAAACAAAGCCAAAGGAACACAGAGAGCCAAAGAGCUCACCCAAGCAUACAACAGACACGGGAAGCAAGCAUGCUCAUGAUAAAAAAGCAGUUCCCAGCUCAAGUGAGCAGCUGACAACAGAGAAGUCAACAGAGCUAAAGACUGCAUCACAGGAUACAGUUUCUGGUGGCGGAAAGAGUGUUGUUGCUGGUGUAACUGCAACAUCUGGCAAACCAGAUGACAAGAAAAAAGAAAAGAAACCAUUAGCAGCAGCUGUACCAGUUGAAUCCAAACCGAGUAAGCCAUCUGGAAAGUCAGACAUGGAUGCUGCUUUGGAUGACUUAAUAGACACUUUGGGGGCACCUGAAGUAACUGAAGAGGAUGAUACAACAUAUACUGGACCAGAGGUUUCAGAUCCAAUGAGUUUUACCUACAUAGAGGAAUUGGGUAAAAGAGAAGUUACACUUCCACCAAAAUACAGGGAACUUUUGGCUAAAAAUGAAGGAAUCAUCCAGCCUCCUGCAGACUCUGUAAAACCCAUGGGGCCUGAUGAUGCUGUAGAUGCCUUGUCAUCCGACUUCACCUUCAGUUCUCCUACCACUGGUGAAAAGAACACUGAGAAAGAGAAAUCUACAGGAGAGGUUUUAAAAGCUCAGUCAGUUGGGGUAAUCAGAAGUGCUGCUCCACCCCAUGAGAAGAAGAGAAGAGUGGAGGAGGUAUAAAUAAUUGCUUCUUUAAAAUAUCUACCGUCUGCCAAAAGUAGUUGCUUAACUGAGCCUGAUCUAGCUUAUUCAGGAUAAUCCCAGCAGCGCACUACACACAAUGAGGCAAAAGCCAAAGAAGAAAAAGUAAAGAAGUGUGGUGAAGAUGAGGAAACAAUCCCACCUAAGUUCAGAUUAAAACCAGCCACGGAUAAAGAAGGAAAACCACUAUUGCCAGAACCUGAAGAAAAAUCAGAGCCCAUGAGUGAAUCAGAACUCACUGAUGAACUUUUGGAAGAUUUUGACCAGUCUAAAAGUAAAGAAAAACCAUCUAAGCCAACUGAAAAAGUAGAAGAAUCUAAGGCCCCGGCCCCAACUCCUGAGAGAGAUACUGUGCUUCGGACCUCUCUGUGUAGUAUUCAGUCAGCACCGCCCAAGCCAGCUACCUCAAAGGGCGUGGUGCCACAUGAUGCCGUAGAAGCCUUGGCUGAUAGCCUGGGGAAAAAGGAAGCAGAUCCAGAAGAUGGAAAACCUGUGGUGGAUAAAGUCAAGGAGAAAGCCAAAGAAGAGGACCAUGAAAAACUUGGUGAAAAAGAAGAAACAAUUCCUCCUGAUUAUAGAUUAGAAGAGGCCAAGAAAUUCGAAGAUGCCAAACUUUCUGCUGUGAUUUCUGAAGUGGUUUCCCAAACGCCAGCUUCAACCACCCACUCUGCAGGCCCACCCCCUAAGGCCCUGGAAAGUGACAACAAAGAACUCGACGAUGCCCUGGAUAAACUUUCUGACAGCCUAGGACAAAGACAGCCUGACCCAGAUGAGAACAAACCAAUGGAGGAUAAAGUAAAGUGUUGCAUGUUUGUAAUUUUCUCACCGAGGAUGUUCAUGGCGUGGAAUCCACGGGCAAAAGCCCUGUUUGCACAACCAGGCUUUAUGUUGGAAAAGCAUAGCUAUGCUUAUGACACUAUCCCACCUAAAUAUAUACAUCUCCUGGAUGAUGAUGACCAGGGCAAACCAGAGGCGCCAUCUACAAAGAAACCCAAGGAAUCAAAGAAACCUGCGGAUGACCAAGACCCCAUUGAUGCCCUAUCAGGAGAUUUAGACAGCUGUCCCUCAACUACAGAGACCUCACAGAAAGCAGCAAAGGACAAAGACAAGAAGACUGAUUCCAGCACCAAAGCACCCAAGAAUGGGGGUAAAUCAAAGGCGUCAGCAAAGGCAAAGGAAGAAGCUUCCAAGCCAAAAGCAGAUGAACGAAAUACAAGUUAAAGUUCACAGUAUUUGGUAUCUGCAGAUGAAGUCUUCUGCUGGUGGAUGGUGACUUUUGAAGAACAAAAGACUGGCAACAGAAAAACUUUUUCUGGGUGGCUUCUAGACUGCUAUUUGUUGAGUCUUUGGACAUCCUAAAUAUUGAUUUGUUAUUCUUUUCCAGGAAAAAAUUGAAUUUCUCUGGUUUA